GCCAAAAUACAAAAUGCUGGCACGCCGACGGCGUAGUCGCUGGGCGCAGCAAAUGAUGGGGAUGCCGCCGACGGAGCGAUAAGCGAUCGCCGCCGAGCGACUGGCGUGCGGGAAGCGCUGCCCUGUUCCAAACCACCGCUUGCUACCUACUGCACCGCAGCGCCGAGCGAUGCGCUGGCUCGACGCCGACGGAACAGAGAGAGAGGCGGAGUGGCAGGAGCCCGCGGACCCCAAGCAGCCCAAUGAAGACGUGUGCGCCGCCGGUCAAGAAGAAAAGUACGUCUGGGCCGUCCCGACGCAGGAGGGCUUCGCGCUGCAGCUCAACAGUUUGCUGUCUGUAUUAACUUUGGCAAGACGGUUAAAAAGGACCGCCGUGCUCAUGCCUUUACUUUUUACGGGGCCGCACUACCGACGAGACGUGGCGUUACGGCGCCUGCCGCCAACCCAAAGAAUUGAUGCCUACAUAAAUAUCAGCGCCACGCUCGCGCACGCUCCCGUACGAUUCGCGCAUUUUGAUGAUGUGUAUCGUAAAAUGCCUCGGAGCGCGAAGUGCGUGUCGUGCGCGAUGACACCCCCGCCACAUGUAAGGUGCGCUAGAGGUUGGGACUACGCCUGGUGCGACCGUGAAAAGGUGCUACGGACAAGGCGGCCGCGCUGCGCCGCGUACUACGGGGAAGUUCGGUGGCCGCGCGAGUGCGCUCUUUGUAUUUACUCGGCGGGCUUCACGCCCGGCGUCCAGUUGAAGGACGGCGACGCCUGGAAAUUAUUAAGGGCGUCCGUCGUGCUCUCCGAUAUCUAUGAAGCGGGCGCUCUGAACGUCGCGGCGGAUUUAGUUGGGUCCAGCUACGUGGCUUUGCAUUUACGGAGAGGCGACAAGAAGCACACGAUGGAGAAGUACGGGUUGACCGUGCCGGCUGUUUUAGAUAGAGUCUCACUGAUCGCGCGGGGCCGGUCCGUAAUCGUCGCGACGGACGACCGGUCGCCCGCGACUUUGAACGAGGUCUCGAAGCGGGGCUUCCGCCUGGCCGACCGCGCCCAUCUGGAGCGGCACGCGAUACCGUCCGAUUCUCUCUCGGCGUACUUGGUGGAUCUGCUGAUUUGCGCGAACGCCGACGUUUGGGUAGGCACGAUGACGGGCGACAACAAGUCCAAGCAGACCGCCCUCAUCAGGUCGCUCCGCAAGGGCCGCGGGCGGGAUGUGGUGAAGGACGUGGUCCUGACGCGGCUACCCUGAAGUAAUCACUGUUG